UUUUGCCUGACCUCCGCAUUUAGACUACUACGAACCCUUUCCGGCUAUUUUUAAAUCGCCCACCAACCGUGCGACAACCAACCCCAUUUCACCAACCACUGCAUUUUUCUCUCGCUCCUGAGCUUCAGGUCUUGCUCAACCCCACCGUUAUAGCUUCGAAAGAAAUACAUAUACCAUACGCGACAGUUGGGGUGAUUGUCAUCGAUCGUGUUCUGGGCCGUUUUUCCAGGCGCCGAGUAGAGUGGGCGACCCAGCGCGGGUUCAUGGAAAGCUCAACCACCCUGAUAAACACCUGGGGCAAUUGCAUGCGCGCAUACAAGCUCGAAGAAUGGCACAAGCUGCACGAUGGGUGGGUUCACCCUCCAUUCGAGGUCGGAGGGAAUGGGUGCGCAUGGUGCUCUUGACCUUCAGUCUGUUGGGUCUACAGUUUACUUGGGGCAUUGAAAUGACCUAUUGCACGCCUUAUCUCCUGCAGCUCGGCCUCACCAAAUCCAAGACGUCGCUGGUCUGGAUCGCUGGCCCUCUGUCCGGGUUGAUCAUACAGCCGCUGAUUGGUGUCAUCGCGGAUCGGUCUCGCUCCAAAUGGGGUCGACGCAGACCUUUCAUGAUUGUGGGGUCCGUGGUUGUCGCAAUGUGCCUGCUGCUGCUGGGAUGGACGACGGAGAUUGUCCGGAUCUUUGUUAAGGAUGCCGAGAAGGCCAAAAACACCACUAUUGCUCUGGCCGUCUUGAGCAUCUACGCGGUGGAUUUUGCGAUCAAUGUCGUACAAGCGUGUUGUCGCAGUUUGAUUGUCGAUACGUUGCCGAUUCCUCUUCAGCAAACCGGUUCAGCAUGGGCGACCCGAAUGACGGCGAUUGGGCAACUUAUUGGAUAUGUCAUUGGUUCCAUUGACACGGUCAGCAUUUUUGGCACUGCUUUUGGCGACACGCAGUUCAAGCAAAUGACGGUCUUUGCUGCAUUGUCCCUAAUCGCAGCAGUUUCCAUCACAUCCUACGCGGUGAAGGAGAGAGUCUUGAUCACAGCAAGGGACUCCGAUGGUAAGGCCGGAGCGCUGCAAGUCAUCUCCCAACUGCUGAAAACGACGAUGGAGCUGCCACCGCGCAUCCAGGCAAUCUGCUGGGCUCAGUUCUGGGCCUGGAUCGGCUGGUUUCCCUUCCUUUUCUACAGUACGACAUGGGUUGGUGAGACGUACUUUCGCUAUGAGGUUCCCAAAGAUGCAGUACGCCCAAGCGAUAUGCUAGGAGAAGUCGGCCGUGUCGGCAGUUCAUCGCUCGUCGUCUUUUCGUCCAUCACACUCAUUGGAGCUGUACUACUGCCGUUCUGCGUUCAGCCACCAGACAACAAACGGCCACGGUUCACACCGCGACCACCUCCCGGAAUCGCCUCAUUACUCAAGAAAGUCCCUAGCGUCCGUCCAGAUCUACAGACGAGUUGGUUGAUUUCGCACAUUAUGUUCGCUGCCACCAUGGUAUUCGCGCCACUAGCACGAUCUCGCGCUUUUGCAACCUUCCUCGUCGCCCUCUGCGGUAUCCCGUGGGCCAUUAGCUGUUGGGCCCCCUUCGCCUUCAUGGGCGUUGAAAUCAACAAACUGGCCAUGGAUCCUUCCCCAUCGUCCCGAGUAACCAUGAUCACCUCUUCCAGCAUCUUGCCCGGUGGCUACGCCGAUCGAACAGCCACAGACACCGAAAUGGACGUCCUCCGACUCAACCACCACGACGCGGACAGCGACAGCGACGUGGAGGACGGCGGCUCCGACGUCCCAUCAACCGGUGAACUCGCAGGCAUCUAUCUCGGCGUGUUGAAUGUGUACACAACCCUCCCGCAAUUUGUCGGCACGUUCAUCAGCUGGAUCGUGUUCAGUAUCUUCGAACCGGGCAGCACGAAACGCGACGAGACCGCGCAGGAAUCAUCCCAGUGGAUGAAUCUCGACAAGAGCAGGCCCAACGCUAUUUCCAUCUGCCUCUUCAUCGGUGCAAUUAGUGCCCUUGUCGCUGUCGAAGCCACGAGACGGAUGCGCCACGUGAUGUGAUUCCCCGAAUAGGUGGACCCUUGAUGCCCACAAGUAUUUAGAGCCCCCGCGGGCUUACCUUUCAUUAUCCUACCCCUCAGAAUCUCCGUCGAUAUCGCGACAAGACAGAUGAAUAUGCUGUACAAAGAUUUCAGAA